UAAUAGAAGUUGGUAUCCGUUGAGGACUUGAGGUUAUUAACACACACCAUACCACACCCGUGUCUAGUUCUCUGCCAGUAUUAUGAAGUCAACGAUUUUGGAAACAUAAUAUACUAGCUACGGUUAUACGGAUCAACUACAAUUCAAUAAAUAAGCUCAAGGGAGGAAAGAAAUCAAAGAAUUACGAACACGAGAAAGGAUUGAUUCAUCUGAAAAAAUGAAGUUGGGAAUGGCGAGAGGAGAAGUUUACCUAAGGGUCUCGGCAAUAGUUGUUUUGGUAUUAACAGCAUGUUUGGUUGCUUUUGAUACUCAAACCAAGGUUCUUUUAUUAAGUAUUGAGAAGAAGGCUACCUACAAAGACUUGAACGCUCUCAAGAUCUCGGUGUAUGUUACAUCUGUGGCUGCUGGUUAUAACCUGCUUCAAUUAUGCAAACACUUCCCUUGGUUUAGAGGAAACUUCAAAGGGUCUUAUAUGUGCAUGGCUUGGAUGUGUUUCUUGUUGGAUCAGAUCGCAGUGUACUUGGUAUUUGGUGCAAACACUGCAACACUUGGAGCAUCGUUGCUAGCAGUGACUGGAUCAGAAGCGUUUCAGUGGCUAAAGGUGUGUAACAAAUUCACAAGAUUCUGCAUCCAAAUAGCCUCGGCUGUGUUAUGCGGCUAUGCAGCGUCCAUCAUAAUGGCUCUAAUAUCCACUAUCUCAGCCUACAAAGUGUUGAGCAUGUAUUCGCCAAAGUGGCUCCUACGUUUAAAGAGCACUACAUGAUCACUAUCUUUCAAGGCAUAUAUUAUGGGAAGUUUUGAUUUCAACAAGAACCAAAAAGUGAAGAUGAAGCAUAUUAUCAAGAAAAGUUCGUCAAAGGGUAGUGUAGCUUGCUUUAAUUUGUUGUCAAAUGCAAUUAGGUUCAUGUUUUUUCCUUCUCUUUAACUUGUGUUUCCCAAUUCUAAAGUACUUGACUCUCUUUGUCCAGCGAAAGAAAUGUGCAGGCAAGAGAAAAAAAAUUAUAUAA